UUUUCCUCCUCAGGGGUGCGGGAUUGAAAGGGCCGGAGCCAGUCUGGAUGCCACAUCACUGCCAGGCUGCCCAGCCGGCUCCCAGGAGCGCAGCCCAGAUUGCCGGCAGGCCAGGUUGCCUGGGUUACCAAGAGGCCCAUGUUACCAGGCUAGGUGCCCAGGUUGCCUGGCGCCAUGGCCGGUGGUUCAGGUUACCACGCCAAAUUGCCCAGGUUGCAGUACCAAGCUGCCCAGGCAAGUUGGCCAGGUUGCCAUGCAAGUUGCCGGGCACGUUGCCCGGGUUACCAUGCCAAGUCGCCAUCUCCAGCCUCACUGCUCCCCAGCUAACGUCAUAGGCUGGAGGUUGCCCCUGGUAACAGCAUCCUCAGGUGGGUGGGUGGGUACCAGCCUCAGGCUCUUAACCCACCCUGUCCUGACCCCCCUUUUGCUGGCAGCCAAUGGGAAAGCAUCCUGAGCUGCCAGUUAGGCCAACUGUCCAAUGGGGGCCCCCUAGAGGUGGGGCCAACCUUCCCCCCCCCCCCCCCCCCCCAGAGGAGCAGACAGAGACUCUGAGCUGCUGUGACUGGAAACAGAACAGGGAUCCUGGAACUGAACUAGCAACAGGUGAUCCGGGAAAGGCCAUAAGCAGAGCCCGUCCCCUGUGUGUUCCCGAAGGCACUCGCCCUCCGCCGGGGAGCCUGCAAGAUGGCAGCCAACGGCACUGUGGGGCCCGAGUCGCAGGAGGUGCAGCGCCGCGUGGAUCAGAUCACAGAUGAGUCUCUGGAGAGCACCCGUCGAAUGCUGCAUAUGGUGGAAGAGAGCAAAGACGCUGGGAUCCAGAUCUUGGUGAUGCUGGAUGAACAGGGAGAACAGCUGGACCGGAUUGACGAGGGGCUGGAUCAGAUCAACCAGGACAUGAAGGAGGCGGAGAAGAACCUGACAGACAUGGCCAAGUGCUGCGGCCUUUGCGUCUGCCCCUGUGCCAAGCUGAAGAACAUCAAGGCCAGUGAGGCAUACAAGGCGGUCUGGGGCAACACCCAGGACGGGGUGGUCUCCACGCAGCCCUCGCGGGUGGCAGACGAAAGGGAGCAGAUGAUCAUGAGUGGAGACUACAUCCACAGAAUAACCAAUGACGCGCGGGAGGACGAGAUGGAGGAGAACCUGGUGCAGGUGGGGAGCAUCCUGGGCAACUUGAAGAGCAUGGCGCUGGACGUGGGCAACGAGAUCGACAUCCAGAACAAGCAGGUGGACAAGAUCAUGGAGAAGGUCACCGUGAACGAAGAUCGCAUCCAAGAGGCCAACACCCGGGCCAAGAAGAUUCUCAAAAAUGCGUGAGCCGCAGCCCCACAUGCUCUCCUGCUUUGCUGCGCACCCACCCCGGCUUCCGGUCGUCCAUCUGUCCGUCCCUGCUGUCCAACCUGCCCGGGAGUCUCCAGCGCCGUGUGUUAGGGGGAGCCUCGGAUGUUUGGGGGCGGGUGUAGGGUGUGCGCACUGCCAUGGCACUUAGCGGGUAACAGCCUUACUAUUGCAGCCAGCUAGGGGAGCUCCUCCUGUAGCUCCAGUGGGAGAGGGCUGUCCCUGGGAGCUGAAGGUUGCAGGCUCAGUCGCAGCUGGGAGGGUGGAGUAUGCUACAGACACAGUGGCUCCGUGUGUUGUGGGUGGGGGGAGGGAUCUUUAUAUCCUCUUGGGGGGGUACACAUGUGACCCCCCUCCCCCUGCUAUAGGGAAGGCAGACCCUAGUGCAUCAUGCCCCAAUGCAGUGAUUCAGAAGGAGGAAUAUGCACUGAACUUUCUCCCAGUCUAGGGGAAUUUUUGCAGCGUGACAUGUGGAUAUUUGGCUCUAUUUUCAAACUGCCACAGCCCUGCCUCCUAUAGGACCCUAAUCUCCCCCACUCCUCCUGUUGUGAUUGGGUCCUCAUGCCCCGCCCCCCACCCCUCGCCACCCAUGACCCUACCCUUGAGGUUCCUUCCCCUGGCUGAGAUGGGUUUUCCCAGGGGCAGAUAAUGAGUGCCGAGGGAGGGCCAGUCAGAUGUGGGGUUGGGCAGGACUCUGCCCUCUGGAGAGAAAUGGGGGUAAGGGAGAGGGUGAGAGGGAGACAGGAAUUUUCUUGUGCAUUAUCCCAGCCAACUUUGGGUUCCGAGCAGCCUCUGAUUUUAUGAAGCACAUUAACCUGUGGAACUCCCCACCACAAGAUAUUAAUAAUCCCGAGAUUUUAUCAUCCGUAGAUCUCAAAGCACUUUACAAAGGCGAGUGGUGGUGUCAGUAUCACUAUCCCCAUUCUACAGAUAGGGAAACUGAGGCACAGAGAAGGGAAAUGACUUGCCCAAGCUCACCUGUGGCAGAGCUGGGAAUAGAACUCAGGUCUCCUGAGUCCCACUCCAGUGCUCUAUCCACUAGGCCACACUGUUCUGAAGAAAUCCCCUAUAUCAACUGACACAAAUGCUUCAGUAGCUAAAAGAAGCCAAACUGGAUUGACAGGACAGCUGAAUCAGAGAGGGUCAGGCCAGAGACUUGCCUGGUUCAAUUCUCCACUCCAGCCUUCCAUGUUAACCUGUGGAACCCCCCACCACAGGAUAUUCCCGAAGCAAACAUUUCAUUAACUAACUGAAUAGAAACAGGAAUGAUGGGAGAGAUGAAUCAGAGAAUGGGGACAUUGGCGAUUUCCCUGGUUCAGUUCCCCCUCCAUCCUUUCCUGGUAACCUGUGGAACUCCCCACCACAGGAUAUUCCCAAAGCAACUAUUUCAUGAACUAAGUGAAGGGAAAUAAGACGGAUGGGAUGGCUGAAUUGGGGAGGUGGGGCGCAUGCCGAUGACUCCCUGGGUUGUAUCCCUCUGUGUGUGUGUGUUUGGUUUUCAAACGUAUUUGUCACUGUGACACCGAAGCCCCUGUCAGUGUGAGGGGCCCUCUUCAUUUUUAUCUGUGUUGUAAGCGAGGUGAUUUUUUUUCUUCCAAAGCAUAAUACAAAAAAAAAAAAAAAAA